AUGAGUUUCUUCUUCAGCAGUUCAAAACACAAGAAGGAUGCCGACGAAGCCAGCGCCGAUAGGCCAGCCACAGCGUCGUCGCCCAGGUCGACGUCGUCAUCGGCGGGUUCCUCCCGGGGCGAAGGCUCGGAAGUAACGCCUGUCACCAGCUUCAGAGGUGGGGGUGGCGGCGCGGGCGCGGUGGGUGCUGUGGACGGCCUCGGAGGUGGCCGCCAUACUGCCGGCAUCGCCACCGGUGGCGAGGAAAAUCUCAUCGUGCAGCUGCUAGUCAGGCAACACGAAGAGAACAGGCGCUGGCAGGAGGCUCUGCUCCAGUCCUUGGACAGCCUCACCAAGGCUCUUCUCGUGUCGUCGUCAGUGGCGAGGCAGCCCGAACCAGGCGUCGAGAGCGAGCGUGAGGACGAGCGUAAGAGUGCCAGUCGCGAAAAGAAGAAGAGGAAGCCGGACUCGCUGCACGUGGUGAUCUAUUCUUCCUCGAUGACCGAGCACAAGCAGGCCCAGACGCUGAGCGAGCAUCUAAUCGCCCAGGUUCCAGGCCUCGACAUCGAGCUGUGCACCGCGUACUCGGCCCGACCGGCCGACGUUGCCAUCGUCCUGAAGAGAAGCGAGGCGCGCAUCGACAUGCCAGAGGACUCGUUCCUGAGGCAGGCCUCCCAGUCGACCCGCUUCGGCAACGCCAUCUCAGUCAAGGCCCUCCAGAGCAACGACCCUGCGACGGCCCCCUACAGCCCGAAGCCGAGCCUGGUCGCCGAGUACAGCAGCGGCAUCGGCCUGAAGCUGGAGAACCCGACCAAGGCCGUCGUCUCCCUGACUUUCAACUUCCCACUGACGAGCGACAAGGACCCCAAGCCAUUCCUGCUCCGCUGCAAGCAGAACGAUGAGAACUUUGGCGGGCUUGUGGAUCUGCUACGCAAGGCCCCCAGAUGA